UGAUGCGAUUAAGAGCCGAUAACGGCUAAGCAAGCAUCUGUGGUGGUUCGCAAACACACGCUUCCCUUCUCUCUCUUUCUCCCCGACUCUAGCCUCUCCAGCACUCACAACUCACUCGCAUGAACACUCCCCAGGCCUACCUCUCCGCCAUCACUUACUCCGUCCGGCAUCCCUGAGCUAUUCCUCUGCGCGAUUUUGCUCUUUUUGCCCUCCACAACCAAGAGACAACUGUUGCACUGUCGUUAUUUGAAUUGAAGGGGAAUAAUCAAUAACAUGGCUCUUACAUUGUUUAGAAGCAUUCAGAGCCACUCUUUGUUUCCUAGCACAAUUUUGUUAUUUGCUAGAAGAAAUGGCAUAUUCUAUUGUACCAUGAAAAGUACAGAAGCCCCAACAGCCAAGCAAGAAAGACCCCCAUCCGCUCAAAUUAAAGUAUCGACACAGAUGCGGGCAAAAACCAUUGAUAAAUUCAUGAAAGACUAUGAGGCAAUCAUUGGCAUAGAAACCCAUGUCCAGCUCUCCACCAUCACCAAGGCAUUUUGUGGUUGCCCUUACAACUAUGGGGCUCAACCCAAUACAACCAUUUGCCCAGUUUGCAUGGGAUUGCCCGGUGCUUUGCCAGUUUUGAACUCUAAAGUCAUUGACUUUGCGGUGAAAUUAGGACUUGCACUCAAUUGCAAGCUGUCCUCGAAGUCAAAGUUUGAUCGGAAACAGUACUUUUACCCAGACCUUCCAAAGGGAUACCAAAUCUCUCAAUUUGAUGUCCCAAUUGCAACUGCUGGUUACAUCGACUUGGAUCUCCCUGUGGAGUUUGGUGGGGGGCAUAGGAGAUUUGGUAUUACCAGGGUUCACAUGGAAGAGGAUGCCGGGAAGCUACUUCAUUCAAAUAAUGGCACUUACUCAGAGGUUGAUCUGAAUAGAGCAGGGGUGCCCUUGCUUGAGAUUGUUUCUGAACCUGACAUGAGAACAGGCAUUGAAGCUGCAGAAUAUGCAGCGGAAAUACAGAGGUUGGUUCGUUUUUUAGGAGUGAGUAAUGGAAACAUGCAAGAAGGUUCACUUCGUUGUGAUGUGAAUAUCUCAAUUCGACCAAUUGGGCAGCUAGAGUUCGGUACCAAGGUUGAGAUAAAGAAUUUAAACUCAUUCUCAUCAAUUAACAGGGCUAUUGACUUUGAGAUUUCAAGGCAGGCAGUGCUUCACAGCCAGGGCCAGGGAGAUCAAAUUGUACAAGAAACCCGUCUUUGGGAAGAAGGAGCUCAGAAAACAGUUACAAUGAGGAAAAAGGAGGGGCUUGCAGAUUAUCGUUACUUCCCAGAACCAGAUCUCCCAGAGGUUAUUCUCACUGAAGAAUUUGUUGAUACUAUUCGUAACUCUUUGCCGGAACUACCCGAAAUGAAGCGCCGAAGGUAUGAGAAGAUGGGCCUAAGCAUGCAGGAUGUUCUUUUUCUGGCAAACGACACAAAUGUUGCAGACUUUUUUGAUGCAACUAUUGUAAGGGGUGCUGAUGUGAAGCAGGCAGCAAACUGGAUCAUGGGUGAUAUUGCUGCCUACAUGAAAAAUGAAAAGAUUUCUAUAGAUGAGAUCAAACUUACUCCUGAAGAGCUAGCUGUGCUAAUAGCUACCAUCAAAGGCGGUACUAUUAGCGGGAAAAUUGGGAAAGAGAUACUGUUUGAGCUAAUAGCCAGAGGUGGAACCGUCAAGCAACUGAUCAAAGAAAAAGAUCUGGUUCAGAUAGUUGAUCCUAAUGAGGUUGAGAAAAUGGUCGAUAAGGUGCUUGCGGAGAAUCCCAAGCAAUUGGAACAGUAUCGUGGGGGCAAAACUAAACUGCAAGGUUAUUUUGCUGGACAGGUAAUGAAAGUGUCAAAAGGAAAGGCAAACCCUGGGCUUCUUAACAAGAUCUUGUUAGAGAAAUUGAAUGCCAAAAGUUGAAUUGUUCUCCGUGCCUAUCUAAGUUGAAUUCUUCUCUGUAUCUAUCUUCCCCAAUCAACCUAUGAUUCACGACAGUUCCAUCGUCAGAUCUGAUUUGUAUUUGGAAAUUACUUACUGAUAAAUGAAGAGUAAGUGAUCAGAUUCAUGGCCAUUCUGAUCCUGAUGGUGCACUGAGGUUGAAACCGUUGCACACAACCUUGGUGACCAUGGCAGUCUGAAGAGUUCUGCUGGUGAAUGUAUUCAUGCGUUUUCAGUCUGACAUAUUAUUGCUAGAACCCUUUAAUCUGCUCCUACAAAUGUUUGACAGAAUCAUCUUGUUUAAACUACAAUAAUGAUAUGAUAAUUUACCCAAGAGUGAUAAAUUUUGUAUUUCUUGUUUGACUGUAGUGAUUAACAAUUUGCAGUGAUGGGGUGGAUACUGAGGUUGUGACCUCAUAUUUUAAUAAAUUACGCAAUGCGGUUUGGGUCUGGA